AUCCGGUAAGGUGUCACAAACCAAAAAGUUGACAAACGAUUCAACGAGUUUAGAGUCUACCUCGGAAGGGAAUAACAAUGUUUAUGUCUUUAUAUAAAAAUGCAGAAUUAUUCUGUCGCUGAAAAGCAUUAGGGAAUAUUUUCCAUUUUCUCUAUUAGAAUGUUGAAGCAAGUAAAGGACAAUUCUGGUGACAUGAUGUCAGCCGUGCCGCCUGCACAAGCGGUCACGAUUCCCUACACGGAGGUGGAGGCGCGACUCCGAACCAAUGUUAACACAGGGCUCAGUACAACCGAGGCCAAUCAGCGUCGGGCAUUCUAUGGGGUGAAUGAUUUUCACAUCGACCAUGACGACCCCUUGUGGAAGAAGUAUAUAUGCCAGUUUAAAGAUCCAAUGAUAAUGCUGCUGUUGGCGUCGGCAUUUGUCAGCAUCCUAAUGAAACAGUUUGAUGAUGCAGUCAGUAUCACUGUGGCCAUCAUAAUUGUGGUCACAGUAGCAUUUGUGCAGGAAUAUAGAUCAGAAAAAUCUUUAGAAGCCUUAUCCAAACUUGUUCCACCAAUGUGCCAUUGUUUAAGGGACGGGAAGUUGGAGACAUUCCUUGCUCGCGACCUUGUUCCUGGAGACAUAGUGUUUUUGUCCGUGGGGGACAAAGUCCCUGCAGACAUCCGCCUGUUUGAGGCUAAAGAUUUAGCAGUGGAUGAGUCCAGUUUUACCGGGGAGCCCAUGCCAAAAGGUAAAAACAUCAACCCUCUCCCAGAAAAGGAGCAGAGGACAGGAGUCUCGGGAAUGACCUGUGUGGCCUUCAUGGGGACACUGGUUAGGUGUGGGCGAGGCAAAGGCAUCGUCAUAGAAACCGGAACAAACUCCCAGUUCGGAGAAUUAUUUACAAUGAUGCAGGAGGAAGAGGCCCCCAAAACUCCCCUACAAAAGAGCAUGGACACCCUGGGGAAGCAACUGUCCUUCUACUCCUUCUGUAUCAUCGGACUCAUCAUGUUACUGGGCUGGCUCCAGGGCAGAGGACUCUUGGACAUGUUUACUAUAGGGGUCAGUUUGGCUGUAGCGGCUAUUCCUGAGGGGCUCCCUAUAGUUGUGACAGUCACCCUGGCUCUGGGAGUGAUGAGAAUGGCCUCACAAAAAGCCAUUGUAAAGAAGUUACCCAUUGUAGAAACUCUUGGCUGUGCCACGGUUAUAUGUUCUGACAAAACGGGAACAUUGACAAAGAAUGAGAUGACAGUCACUCGAAUCCACUCAGCAGAUGGCCAGUACGCUGAGGUGUCAGGUGUGGGAUACAACGCUAAUGGAUCUGUCGUGUGUCAGCACGAACAAGUGACGGAAAACUCCCACCUCUCCAUAACAAAGGUGAUAGAGGUCGGAUGCAUAUGUAAUGAUGCUGACCUGUGUGAGGAUGGAUUACAUGGACAGCCCACUGAGGGGGCGCUGAUAGCUGUAGCACAGAAGAUGAAUUUACAUCAUGUCAGAGAGCUUUAUACACGGGUUGAAGAAAUGCCAUUCAACUCGGAAACCAAAUAUAUGGCUGUAAGGUGUAGACCAUCUUAUGGAGAGAGUACAGAGACCGCAUUCUUUGUGAAGGGGGCCCUGGAGAAGAUUCUGGCUAACUGCUCUCGCUACUACAGCCAAAGUGUAACUCUGCCAUUGACAGAGAAAACCAAGCAGGGGUUUCUCCACGAAGCCUCCAUGAUGGGAAGUGCGGGACUACGAGUUCUGGCCAUGGCCUACGGCCCAGAGAUGAACAACCUGGUAUACGUUGGUAUGGUGGGAAUCAUUGACCCCCCCAGAGAGGGGGUGAGGGAAGCCAUCAUGACCCUUAUGGAGGGGGGAGUUUCCAUCAAAAUGCUGACAGGGGACUCGGAGGAAACUGCUAAAGCCAUAGGUACUAGGCUUGGGCUGUACACUCAUGAAGGGAGGUCUUUAUCAGGGGAGCAGAUUGAACAGGCAGACAUUGAGCUUCUAAGGAAGAUUAUCAAUGAUGUCACAAUAUUCUACAGAACAACGCCAAAAAACAAACUUAAAAUUGUCAAAGCUCUACAAAGUAAUGGUCAUGUGGUGGGUAUGACAGGGGAUGGAGUGAACGAUGCAGUGGCACUCAAAUGUUCUGACAUUGGAAUCUCCAUGGGCAUCACAGGGACUGAUGUCAGCAAGGAGGCUGCAGACAUGAUUCUAGUGGAUGACAACUUUAGUGUCACCCUAUCAGCCAUAGAAGAGGGAAAAGGCAUAUUUUAUAACAUUAGAAAUUUUGUCCGGUUUCAACUCAGCACGAGUAUAGCUGCAUUAACAUUAAUUACCUUAUCUACUGUGAUGAAAUUACCAAACCCAUUAAAUGCCAUGCAGAUUUUAUGGAUCAACAUCAUUAUGGAUGGUCCACCUGCUCAAAGUCUGGGUGUCGAGCCAGUGGACCAUGAUGUCAUUAAAAAACCUCCCAGGAAGGUCAAGGACCCGAUCAUUACCCUUGACCUCAUCACAAAUGUCUUAAUCUCAGCCUGUAUAAUUGUGUCAGGAACAUUGUGGGUGUUCUGGAGAGAGAUGAGUGACAAUAAAAUCACACCCCGGGACACCACGAUGACCUUCACCUGUUUUGUAUUUUUUGACAUGUUUAAUGCUCUCAGCUGUCGUUCAGCAGAAAAAUCAAUAUUUCAAAUCGGUUUUUUUACCAACCGGAUGUUUUUACUAGCCGUCGGGGGUUCUCUGAUCGGGCAGCUACUUGUGAUAUACUUCCCUCCAUUACAAGCUGUAUUCCAAACAGAAUCCCUCUAUUUAACAGAUUUGAUAUUUUUGAUAUUUUUAACCUCAUCAGUUUUUAUAGUAGCAGAAAUUAGAAAGUUUGUGAGAAGAAUGAAAGAAAUGAGGAAGAAAGGACCAGAAAAACAAAAUUAUUUUGUAUAGAAAAAUGUCCCAAGGACAAAAAAUAACACAUAUCAACAUUAUUAUUGGAUGUGUAUAAUGGGGAGAAACAAAAUUUAGACCAGAUUUAUAGGCAUCAGUGGUUUAAAAUACCGUAGAAGCUCAUAAUUAUAUUCCUUGGCUUAAAAUUUUGUUCUUUUUAAAAAAAAUUUCGUUGGGAUUUAAUUUUCGUCAUAUCGUAAUCCCUUUAAUGUAUCGUAUGUAUCAACUCUGUAUUUAUGAAUACUUAGGUUAAAAAUUUGUCAUGAAUCAGAAUUUAAUUUUGUUGAUUAAUACUUCCAACAAAAUUAACAAAAUUAAAUCCUCAACCAAUAUUCUGCUUUAAUACAGUAUUUCUUAAUUUUGAUGAUAAAAUUAGUCCUUCUACUAUAAUGAUGAGGAUAAAUAUAUUGAUAAAAGAAAAUAUUUUUAACAUAAGGUGCAUAUAACCUGAUUGUAUCCUUAGUCAUGGACACUUGAGGAAAGGUUCAGUUUAUACCUGUGGGAAGAUUAAAUAUAUUUCAUCAUAUUUGUAUUUACCGGGGUAUUUACUCCUUCAAUAUGGGGUAGAAAUUGUUUUUUUGACACUGGUUUGAUAAGAGUACAUAUACUCUUCAAUAGAAACUAUUGUCUAUUUGUUAAAAAAUGCCUGGUAGUGUUUCUUUAUAUAUUAAUUAAGGGCCAAAAACAGGAUUUUCAUUUAUUUACCAAUAUUUGUUUAUUCACCAUUGAAGGGUUUACUAGUGGCAUGCAUAAUUUAAACAAUAUUAUAUUAAUUUUUUUUUUAAAUAUUUAGAAUGAGAAAUGUGUAUUAAUUUUACAAUGGUCUACAGUUGUCCCAAGGAAUGAAAAUGUACAAAAAACAUGCAGAUAGCAAAAAUUUGUAGAAAAGUCAAUGUACAGCGUUAGUACAAGAGAGGUGGAAUGUUUAUAUUAAUGAUUAAGCUAUUGACUGUGUUACUCUAUAUGUACAAAAUGUUUAUUAAAAUUCUACAUCAAGAACUGUUGAGUUGAAAAGAAUGUGAUGAGCUUUAUUUUGCCUCAGUAUUUCUCCAAUAAACAUUGUGAAUACAAGGCAUAAGUACCGAUACUUUCUUAAAUGUUGUGAAACUCAAGAAGACUGCGAUAAAAGUAAUGAAAGAUGUGUACUUGUAUGCUACAAUGAUGCUAUACAUGUUGCUUUGUGGGAUUCUCUGUAAACAUGGCAGUCACUAAAUGUUGAUACCCGUUGACUUGACUGUAUUUAUCUCACUUAGGUGUUUAGCUUAAUGAAUGAAUAGUGCAAUAAGUGCUAGUUUUAGGAUCUACAAAAUGGUGUAUGUUUUGUAUGUCAAAUUGGUAACUACCCGUAGAAGACCUUCAGUGUUAGAAGUAUUUUUACUAUGGAACAUGCAUUAGGUGUCAUUUUUUGGAAACUAAAAAUUAACAUACUGCUAUUUUCAGAGUACAUGACUUGUAUUUUUAUGAAAUGUACAUGCAAAUCGGUCUUGAUGCAAUUUUAAAGAACUUAUACCAUCAAGAGUUUUCUAUGCCUUUUUCCAAAAUAUAAAGCAGUGUUCCAAAGAGUUUUUGUGUGUUUAAUAGGGUUGUGUGAGAAUGACAUUCCAUCAUAAAUUCAUCAGAGCAAUUUAUCAAUUGAUUGUUUUGUGAAGGAAAUAAAACAAAAAA